CCAAGCCUUGUCUUAAUGAUCUUUGAAUGGGAAAGCACUCGUUCAACUUUUGGUAUGAAACCCAUAGACCAUAGUAACAAGCAAACAAAGCAUCUACCAAUCAAGUACAUAUGUGAAUGUGCAAGUAUGUUACAAACAUUCUUACCACUCUUCCACUGAAUGAAUAUUUCGUGUAAUGUUAUGUGAGAAGUAUUUGCUGAAUUUGACAUCGGAAUUAUUUAUGUAAAUCUUUUACUUCUGGAAGGAGAAUGUACGAUGCUGUCUUUCAGAUCUUUCAAAGCAGCAGUUCUUUGGAGCUAACCAUUGCAAGUUUCCAUCUCUUAAUGGAGCUGGGCAAGCAAUAUCCAAGAGUAUAUUUGACAAAUUUUGGUUCCCAUCCAACUCUAGUUAUAGUUAAAGAGUCAUGGUCACCAUUUCUCCUUGGCAACAAUGUAGCUUCUGGUGAGAUUGGGAGAAACACCAGUCGCUCAGAUCAUCUCUUUGAUUCUUUGAGAUUUUCUUUGUUGACCGAGGCUAUGGUUGAAGCAUCGAAUGACACAGGUGCUAAUAGUGGGCUUAAGCAUAUAGAGAACAUGGUGCUGUUCCAAUAUCUCGUUCGCACACUUGAGGCUGAUUUUAUACCUCGUCAUAUUGCAUAUAAAGAGUCAUUAGACUGGGUGAUCAUCAGGGAAUCUGUUUUAAACGUGCUUCUGGGAUCGCGAAAACUGGUAUUCAAAAUGUUUGUCAAGAACUGCAUAUCACUUCUGAACCAACAUCAGCGUGAAAUUGAAGAUGACAUAUCUUCUAAAUCAGCAUCUGAUUUAGAUUCUUCCUUAACCUUUUCAUUGCUUGAGUUUGAAAGAGAAGCGCUUAUAUCCGUGAAAAAACUUUUCAUUAUGGUUAUAAACCUUGACUUGAUUAGGAAAGAAGCAGACAAAUUGGGCCUGACUUCAAGGGCUGAUGGCCUCAGGAAUCCUAUCCUGGAAGUUAUUCUAGAGGAGCUAACUUACAACACAAUCUACUUAUCCCCAUUUCUUUUGGCCUUCACGGAGUGGAAGUGGAAAUUGCAGAUUAUCCUGCUGUACUUCUCAAGAUAUCAAGUUAAGGUCUGCCUAUCCGUUGAUGGUGAUUCUAGCGAAGCUAAUGAUGCAGCAAAAAUGAUGGGAGCGUCUCUUCUCGAGAUAUCUUGCAAGUUUGUGUCGGCUUUCCAGAAUCUGAGAAAAAUCAACACGAACAUUCAGAUUUCACAGUUUGAGAAAGAAGCUUUGUUCACUGCAGCAACGCUGACAAGAAAACUGCAGAAUGAGUGAAGAUUGGAGACUUGAAGUAUUCAUUUUGGAUUUUG